CUUCUACGUUCUUCCCAAAGCAACGGAAGUAACUGCAAAUGGCCAGUUCUCCGAUACCUUGAUAUUUUCUGAUACCAGACUGCGGAGGGUCUGAGGAGAACCCGCAAGUGAAACGGUUGGUGGCGAUAACUCCCUUCGUGGGAGAAGCCCGUCGUUAAACAGAAGAAGAAGAAGCAACAGGAGGUUGAGCUCGGUGGACAUGGCGGAUGGCUGCAGCUCCCCAGUCGUAAGAUAAACGUCAAGGAAAGCGAAACCGAAGACGAGAGGCGGCUGCAGGAGGACCAGAACUUAUUUUGAUGUUACAUGGGUAGCCGGGGCUGCCCAGGACUGUAGUCGCCCCGACUGAAGCCGCAUGGCGUCCACUCAAGCCCGGAUAGGCCAGCAGGCCUUAGCGGUGCUGGAUGUGGCUCUGCGAGUUCCCUGUAUCUUUAUUAUCGACGCCAUUUUUAACUCUUACUAUGACCCUGGUUCGGGAUGGGCCGGGGCCAUGGGCAAGGUGUUGGUCAGAGUCAUGGGUGUCCUCAUCUCCAGCGUCGUGCUACUGCUCUCCCAGAAAGCCUUGUUCAAGUUCUACACUCUCUUCUUUGCCGUUCUCCUCGGCAUGGCGGCUGUCCUCAUCAACUACUACGCCACCUCUCACAUAGACUUCUACAGCGCCUACUACAAAGCAGCGCUGGGGUUCAGGUUACUGCCCAGAAACGGGCCAACGCUGUGGCUGGGCAUGGCCGCGGUGCAGCUUGUGUUUGGUGUGGGCUACGUGUUCCUUCUCAACCUCCAGUCUGUGUUUGCCGCACUGGUGGUGCUGGACAUCAUGAUCCCUCUGUGGGGGUUGAUGAUCGAGCUCCCCGCAGACGUCAGGCAGCUGGUGGCCAUGUUCUCAGGCCUGGCGCUGGCUCUCAACACGGCUGUGUGCCUGGCCAUGAGGCUCAAAUGGUUCUACUAUUCGUGCCGGUACGUCUACCUGCUCGUACGGCACAUGUACAGGAUCUACGGGCUUCAGCUGCUGCUAGAGGACACGUGGAAGAGGAUCAGGUUCCCUGAUGUGUUGCGGGUGUUCUGGCUGACCCGGGUCACCGCCCAGGCGCUGAUCCUUGUCUAUGUGGUGCGGGCGGUGAGGAGGGAAAGCGGGGAUGCCACAGGAGGUACUACAGAUGGGAGCUCUGACUCACAGGGUUACCUGCUGAGCUGGGAUGUGUUCUGGGAUUUGACGAGUAACCUGAUCAUCUCUGGCUGCGACUCCACACUAACUGUGCUGGGGAUGAGCGCUGUCAUCUCCUCCGUUGCGCACUACCUCGGCCUCAGCAUCCUGGCCUUCAUAGGUUCGACGGAGGAGGAGGACAAGCGUUUAGGCUUCGUGGCUCCUGUUCUGUUCUUCAUCCUGGCUCUGCAGACCGGCCUCAGCAGCCUGGACCCAGAGGAACGGCUGGUCCGUCUGAGCCGGAACAUGUGCCUUCUGCUGACGGCCAUCCUCCACUUCAUCCACGGCAUGACCGACCCCGUCCUGAUGUCCCUCAGCGCCUCCCACGUUUCCUCCUUUCGCCGCCAUUUCCCCGUCCUGCUGGUGUCGCUGGCGCUCUUUGUGCUGCCCGUGGCGCUCAGCUACGCCCUCUGGCACCACUACGCCCUCAACACCUGGCUCUUUGCCGUCACUGCCUUCUGUGUGGAGCUCUGCCUCAAGGUGGUCGUGUCGCUGACGGUCUACGGCCUCUUCAUGGCCGAUGGUUUCUCCAACGUCCUGUGGGAGAAGCUGGAUGACUACGUCUACUACGUGCGCUCCACAGGCAACAUCAUCGAGUUCCUAUUCGGCGUCAUAAUGUUCGGAAACGGGGCGUACACCAUGAUGUUUGAGUCGGGCAGCAAGAUCCGCGCCUGCAUGAUGUGCCUGCACGCCUACUUCAACAUCUACCUGCAGGCCAAGAACGGCUGGAAGACCUUCAUCAACCGCCGCACAGCUGUCAAGAAGAUCAACUCCCUGCCGGAGAUGCGCGGGGACCAGCUGAGGGACAUCGAGGACGUGUGCGCCAUCUGCUACCAGGAGUUUGCCACCUCGGCCCGCAUCACGCCCUGCCACCACUAUUUCCACGCGCUGUGCCUGAGGAAGUGGCUCUACAUCCAGGACACGUGCCCCAUGUGCCACCAGAGAGUUUACGUCGAGGAGGAGAGCCGGGACAGAGCCGCCUUCUCAAACAACAACGGGGGCUACGCAGCGCCGCAGGACGCCGCUGCAGCAGCCCCGCCAGCGCCGGGGGAAAACCAGCAUGGACAGCCGCCUGCUGAGCUGCCAGCUGAUGGAGCGGCAGCCGGCGCACAGGCAGCAGGAGGACCAGGGGAGCUCAACAACGAGCUCCUGGAGGACAACGACAGCAUAGAGUAUGAUGAGGACGAGUGGGGGACUCAAAAUGGCAGCACGCCAAUAGAAGAAGACUAUAUCAAUGAUGACACUGACUCCACUGAGGACUGACGAGAGAAAAAUACAUAUAUCUUUAUUAUAUUUAAGUUAAAGAGAGUUAUAAAACACAACUUUAGCAUCUUAAUUUGUUCUUGAAAAAUGUCAGGGAUGUCAUUCUCUUUUUUCUUGUUAGUUUCUUUUCGUUUGAUUCUGAAUUUGGGUUUUACUCUAUAAGGGCUCGUGGAAAGAGUAACUGCUGCUCUCAUUCUGUGUGUCGACUGAAUGUGUGUCUGUCUGUUUGUCUAUUGGGGCUGCAUGACGUAGACCAAAAAGUCAUUCUGUCUUUUUUAUUUUAUUUUUUAUUUUUUUUUGAGAUCCUGCAACAAAUCUCGCCAUGUGGACACAGCUGUCUGUACAGAAUUCAUUUCUCAAACGCCUCAAACCUGAUACACAUCAGGAAGUGGAAAUAUCAGAUUUUCUGCAGCUUGGAGCACAACUCUGCCUUGUUGAGCAAACUUUUGAAGAAAGACGAGAAGCUACACCUAAGUCAAAUCACGACUUUGUUUAGAUUCUGUCACUUGUGCAGCCCUAAUGUAUAUUUGUGUGUGUGUGUAAGGAAAUGUGUAAUUGUGUGUGUGUGUGCCUGCCGACGUGUAAUGUGCUUAGACGAUGUCUUAAAGAUGCAGUUCUUUUCCUUUGUGGUGUUUAUAAUAGGAGAAACGCUGCAGUUUGUUAGUUUGUUAACGACAAACGUGUGGAGCGACAAAACAAAUUCAAGCUUAAAUUGAUCUGCAAGUCAGAAUUUGAGACACAAUUUGAGAGAAAAGAAAAUGUAUUUUUGGGUUGAAACCUUCUGUCACUACUUCCUCCAGCUGUUUUGGCAGAUUCUUACAAAUCUGAGAAUAUACAGUACCAGUCAAAAGUUUGGAAACUUUCCCAUUCACUUGAAUGUGUCCAAACUACUGUAAUGUACUGCACUUUAAGCUUCAGCAAGGUUAUUUUUUUAUGUUCUGUUCAGACCUGGUAUUAACAUCCGUCUCAGGUGAUCCGAUCACACAUGGAAAGCUCUAAGUACAGGUGUGAACGCACCCAAGAUGCAUUAGAGGACGCAUUUGAGAUCUGAUCACAAAUUGAAGGACCGCAGACUGAUGUCCUCUGCCACAGUGUAAUUAGUCCCAACACAGUUUCAUAAUGAACCCACAAUAUUAUACUAUUUCAAAUGGAUAAAAAAUUGUUCCAGUGUAGAGCUGUGAGCAGAGCAAUUACCAAAUUUAUCAAAUUCAAAUAGCUUUAUCGGCAAAAACAACAGUAAACAUGUUGCCAAAACAUAUGGAUACUUUGAUGCCAAAGGAUCUCUCUCUCUCUCUCUCACCCACUAUCUCUCUCCGUCUCUCUCUCUCUCACACACACACACACACACACACACAAACACAGAGAGACAACGGACCCGUCUCUUGGAUUGGCUAAAAACAACAACGCAAUACCUGUUUAUUUGUAUAUAAAGCGGGGAAGUGAGAUCCAAUCACAGGUGCUCAUUUGAGACGUGUGUGGAGGCUCAUCUUAAAGCCAGGUGUGUACUCAUUUCCUUAGAGCUGUCCGCUUGUGAUCGGAUCACAGAAGACAGAUGUUACUGCCACAUCUGAAUAUGGCUUUAGUUUCGCUCUAAACAUCGAUUGCACUCACAAAUUCUGGCCUCACUUGCUCUUUUGUCUUUAAUCUUUCUAAACCAGCCUUAGUGCUGCAGACUCUGACCUUCAGAUCAGUCACAGCUCAGGUUUGUCAUAUACUUGUUCAACAUUUUUGUCUUUAAUUAACUCGUUAAGAGAAAAUGAAGGCAGGGGAGUGAAGCAGUUUUUUUUUUUUUUUUUUUAUCAACUCUGCAGCAACCAGAGAAAAACAGAGGUGUGUCUGAUUUAAAAAGAAGUGACUUGCUACUGUAAUCACUGAUAUACCUCUAUCAUUACUUACUACUGGUCCCUUGUGUGACCUUGCUUACAUUUGUGUACGUUAUUGUACAUAUAAUAAAACACACAUGUGCACACUUUCUCCCUUAGGAUAUAAGAGAAACAUUUGUUUUCAAAUAGUUUUUUUUUUUUUCUUCAUGCAAACUUCCACAUUUCUCUUCACAGAAAUCAGUAUUAACUUUGGUUAAAUUCAUGUUUCAGACCCAGAAAUUGUUUGUGAUGAGAGUGCUGGUAUGGAGUCAUAGCGGAAGCCACAUUUGAAGAGCUGUGUUCUCAAAAAAUGCAUAAAUGUAUUGAGUUAAACAAUUAUUUUUCAAUGCUCCUCUGUAAAUGUCACAAAAAUAACGUAUGACAAGGUGCCAGUUGUUUCAUCUACAAGGGACUGUAGGUACUUGAAUUUCUUUCAAAAGGAAAAAGUACCAUAAAUUGUUUUACCUGUCAGCUGUUGGUUAUUUUUGUAACAGCAGAUGUGAUUCAGUAAAUGCACUUUUUUUUUGUUGUUGUUUCUGAUCACUGGCACAGACUGGAGCUGUCUGGCCACGUUGAUAGCACCUAUCUGAAGGCUCAAACUGUGUUUCUAGUCUCAGGGUCCUGCUGCAGGGCUGGAAGAGUACUUUCAGUACAUUGAAAAAUUUCCAGGCCUUGGAAAAAAAAACAAACCCCGAAGGAGGUGCAGCAAAGUCUGGAAAAGUACAGACAGGUUUUGUUGUAGUAAAUCUAGACACUGUCAGUUCAUACGAUCUGUGAUAUUUGUUGUGUUGUUAUAAGAAACAACAGAUGUACUGAUCCAAAAUCUUUAACUACUGGCAUGAAAUGAGGCCUCAAAAAAUUAGUAGGAGUCCCGUCUUCAUCUUUCCUGACAGUACAGCUCGGUCAAUAACAUCCCUUAGCAGACACACAGACUUUCAUUGUGAAUUUGUAUUAAAAAGCUUUCAAGCACAACUCCUGAGUAUUUACUGUUUAGACUUCCACAGCCUGAACGUCUUAAGGGUUUGACUACAAACUCAUGUUCAUUACUGUUGUAAUUACUGGUCGCAGGAAAUAAGCUGCAAGGAAUACAUUAUGUUUAAUGAGAAAGAGAAGGGGUCUGAUUUGAUUAGAAAGCUGUGCUUUUUGACAUGUGUCAGCGAUGAAGGACUUUGAUUAUUAGGCUGAUUGUUCUGAAAGCUUUUGAAAAGGUAAAAGCUGUUCUUUUUGCCUUUUGUUUUAAAAAGAGAUUUAUGUAAAUAAAAUCAUCUUUGAUAUUGA